UAUAGGCUACAUACAUUAAGAGCUUCGGGGUCACUGUGCUGCAGACUCGGAGUUAUCUUCUUUAUACUUGUGGUGCUUUCGUGCGUGUAGCAGGUUACCGGUGUCCGGGCUGUGAUGGAGCGCUGGCGGGGCAGAGUGGCUCUGGUGACCGGAGCCUCGGUCGGGAUUGGGGCGGCUGUAGCCGUAGAGUUAGUCCGACUCGGUAUGAAAGUGGUGGGCUGCGCCAGGGACGUCGGGAAAAUUGAGAAACUGGCAGCAGAAUGUCAGAGUGCCGGCCACCCUGGUGUUUUGGUGCCUUUCAAGUGCGAUUUGACCAACGAGGAGGAGAUUCUGUCUAUGUUUGCUGCAAUUAAAGAGCAGUACAAAGGCGUGGACGUGUGCAUCAACAAUGCUGGCUUAUCUCAUCCAGAACCUCUGCUAAGUGGCAAAACCAGCAGCUGGAAGAACAUGAUAGAUGUGAACGUUCUUGCACUAAGUAUCUGUGCACGUGAAGCUUAUCAGUCAAUGAAAGAGCGAAACGUGGAUGAUGGACACAUCAUAAACAUGAACAGCUUGUGUGGGCAUCAAGUCUUUUUGUUGGCUGAUGCACAUUUCUAUUCUGCCACCAAGUACACUGUGACCGCACUGACUGAGGGCCUGAGGCAGGAGCUGCGUGCAGAAAACACCCAUAUCCGAGCUACAUGCAUUUCUCCCAGUGUGGUCGAGACAGAAUUUAUGUCACGGUUCUACCAUGACAGUCCCGAAAAAGCAGCUGGUAUAUAUGCUGCAGUCAAGCCUAUGAAGGCAAUAGACGUGGCCAGUGCUGUCACAUAUGUGCUCAGUGCCCCUCCUCAUGUUCAGAUUGGAGACAUUCACUUUGAGGGUGUGUAGCAGGUGUUUGUUUUCCUGGCAACCCCAGAGCAAGGGCCCAGUCCUGCCUUCACAUUAGGGUAGCUGAAAGAAGAAGAAAGUUUCAUUUUGCAUUUAAUGCUUGUAAAAGUCAAUGGCAGUGAUUAAUCAUAGCUUAUUUAACCAUUUAAUUUAGUUUCUUUUUAGUCCAACUUAUUCUACUCUAUUAAUAAUCCCCUGCGAUUUUGGAAGAUGAGUGCAAAAGCAGCUCAGCUCUCACAGUUUUCAUGAAGUGCAUAAGCAGGUCUUUGCUGCAGGGUGUAGCCAUUUGCCCACCACUACAUUUCCUCAGAGUCUUUAUCCCUGGUCUUGCUGGUCUACAUUUUGUGGAAUAAGGGAUGAAGUGUCCUCAUGCUGUUGGAUCAAGCACGCCUGCAUUCAUGUGAAAAAGAAAUUAUGCCUUCCUUCAGUUGUAACGUUUCACAUAUCAGAACAUAAUGAGAAAUUGCCUGGUCCAUCUGAUGAGCUGUGGAUCAGGUUACUGUUACCACUUGGUCGAAAGAAGCCAGUUGAGGUGGUUCGGGCAUCAAGACUGCUUAGACUACUGCUAACACAACCCAGCUCCUGAUAAGAAGAUGGAUGGAUGGAUGGAUGCAGUGAGCAACACAUCUCAGAUUUUGCAGUGUCAUUAUUUAUUUAACAAAGAUUAAGCCAAAAUGCAAAAUUAAUACUUGAAAAAUAAAGUAAGCUUGUUGAAGCAUGUUUAGUAGCAAUAACUUGAAGUAAUUAAUUUUCUCUAUGAUUUUAUCUGUCCCAUUGUUGUAAAGAAAUUUUGACCCACUCUUCUUGAUGGUCACUUCAGUCCAUUGAGAUCUGUGGGCACUCCUUUUUGCACAUCUCUCAGCAUUUCAAUCAGGUUUUCUUCUGGUCAUUGCAGCAUUUUGAUUUUCUUUUUGUAACAUUGUGUUGUUGACAGAUUGUCUCACAUUUCACUGUAGGAUACUUAAGUAUACAGAGGAGUUCGUGACUGCAAAGUGCCGAGGUCCUGUGGCUGCAAAACAAGCCUUAAUUAUCAUAUCUCAAGCACUGUGCUUGAGGUCUUUAUGAAAUGUGUUGUGAGUAGUUUUCACCAUAUUUGUAUUCAAGUGUUGAGAAAAGAGGAUUUUACCAUCAGUGUUAGUUUAUUGGUCUCUUUGAAGUUGCACCGUGACCUCCUGAAAUAAACAGCUGACACGUUUUAGUCGUUUGCUAGCUUUAGAAACGUGGUGACUUUAGCUAGUCUUGAAAUAACUUUGUCUACAAUGUUUGUACUGACAUUUUUCACUAACAUAUAUUAAA